AAAAAGGGGUCCUUCGUGCUUACGUCAUGAUGCGCCGACGGGAAACCGUUUAAGGGUUAAGUGAAAGAUGAGGAUGCAGUUACUGGUCGUUAUUCGGAUACCUAGAUGUGACUAAAGAUCAAAUGUACUGUAUGUUAUUUUAAUUUGUUGUAUAACAUCAAUCAGGAAAUCCGUGACACCUCGAAGGGUACUACAGGGCUGUGUAUACCACACCGGCGAAAUGUCCUCUGUCAAGGAGGAAGGCAAGGACCGUGUUAUCUUUGUGACCAAGGAGGAACACCAAACACCAAGUAACGCUGAAUUGGUGGAGGAAGAUCCUGAUGACCCGUACGAAGAACGAGGUCUGAUUCUGCCAAAUGGGGAGAUCAACUGGAAUUGCCCAUGUUUAGGAGGGAUGGCUAGCGGCCCCUGUGGGGCGUCCUUUAAGGAGGCCUUUUCCUGUUUCCAUUACAGCAAGGAGGAGGUGAAGGGAUCAGAAUGUCUGGAGCAGUUCAGGGGCAUGCAGGAGUGUAUGCAGAGAUAUCCAGAACUCUACCCCGAGGAGGAUGAGAAGGAGACCCGGGGAGAGCUCUCUGAAAUGGAGCGCCAUGACCAAGCCUCUAGCCCCGUCCCUUCAUCUUCCAUCCCUGCUGACACCCCCCCACCAACAACCGCCUCAGAGAGCUCUGUUUAAUAUUGAGAAUGAGUCACAACUAGCUGUUUCUGUGGAGUUAUGGAAGCAAACGCUGUUUUAUUUAACUGUAACCCAGACUGAGUUCUUGUCAUAACCUAUGAGAGCCAUGGAGUUCUGAAUGGAUGAUUUUCUGAUCUUUUUCUCCUUUGGGAACAAAACAAGACCAUGUACUGUGAUUUUUGUAUUUUAAAACUGUAAUUUCUUUUCUUUUCUUAAUUAUACUUGCUUUCUGUGAUUUUUAGCCACUGUCAGUGAAAAUAGUGCUGUUGAGCCAAAAUGGGUCCCCAAAAAUGCUGUGCUUUGUCCCGUGUGUUGAUUUGCCCCAUAUCAUUAAAACCACUCACUUCAUGGUUAUCUAUGGAAGGAUAGUGCUUCUAUUCAUAUUAUGCUGAUGCUGUAUUAACAACACAUCCAGUUGAAAAUGUAAGGAAUUAACUAUCUUUUAUGGAUUAUUUUGUUGUAAUCAGCUAUAUCUAUUGUCGCUUGAUACCUAGAAAAAGCUGUAAUUGUAAAGAAAACACAUUAGAAUCUAUUAAAUGUCGGAUAUUCUUGGUAUUUAAUAGUUCAUUUAUGGCCUCUGCUUUGGCCUAUUGGUUGCUGCUGCUAUUGGACUUCAGAGACAUGAGACUUGCAUUUAACUGAUCUACUUGACAUUCAUGUCUCAUUAAAAUAGUUUUACUGACUGAGAUGGCACUCCAGUAGCCUGAGAAUCAGUGUCUUUAGCCUACAUCUCCAUCCCGGAAAUGCGUUAUGUUUUAAUAAAUAUGUUAUUUGAAGAGACUCGUUCUCAGAGUGACUACACUGAUUUUAUAUUAUUUUUAAAGUUUGGUCUGCAGUGAAUAUUGAAAUUAUAAUGAAGUGUAUUAUCAUUUAAUUACUGAGACAUGUUUUUACAUGUAUUUCCAAGUGCAUUUACAAUUUACAAGCUAUUUUAAUAAAAUUAAUAUUUUGGUUUUGAA